GUAAUGAACCUAACUUAAUGAAAGGGCGAGAGGGAGGGAAGUGGCAGCGGGGUCAGCAAGCGCGAUACUGACCGAGUGGACGCGAAGGAAAUAUAAAGCGGACGGCUUAGAACACAAAGAGACAUGUAUAAUGGUUGCCUGGCGCUCAAGGGGCACAUGAUGUCUUUGCCUUUUUAUCAGAAGCUCCAUGACCACUAUGAUCGAAGCUACCACAAGGACCUUCGCACCACCACGAGCCAGUACCAGCAGGAGAAGAAGCGUUCUGCCAUCUACACCCAUGGCUCCACAGCCUACAGCAGCCGCUCGUCGGCCGCCCACCGCCAGGAAUCACAGGCCUUCAGCCGGGCUUCCACUGCCGCCUCCUACCUGCAGCAGGGAUCUCAGGCCUACAGUCUGGGAGCCACAGAGUACUCCCUCGGGUCCGAAGUCAGUCGGAAGGCAGGCUCAGCCUACGAUUAUGGGUACUCCCACGGACUUACAGAUUCCAGUCUGCUGCUAGAAGAUUAUUCAUCCAAGUUGAGUUCCAAAGCAAAGAGAGCCAAGAAGAGCCUCCUUUCUGCAGAGGAGAAAGAGAAUGUACCCAGCGACUACAUGGUGCCCAUUUUCUCAGGACGCCAAGCGCAUAUCAGUGGAAUUACAGAUACGGAAGAAGAAAGAAUUAAAGAAGCUGCUGCGUAUAUAGCCCAGAGGAAUCUUCUUGCUAGUGAAGAAGGAAUCACGACAUCCAAACAGUCGACAGCAUCCAAACAGGCGACAGCAUCCAAGCAGGCGACAGCAUCCAAACAGGCGAUAGCAUCCAAGCAGUCCAUGGUAUCCAAACAGUCCACAUCCACUCUUCAGCAAGAGGAAGCUUUUGAGAAGAAGUCAAGGAAAGUUGCAAUUCGAGAAAAGGCAGAACAGCUGUCGCUGAGAAAAACAUUGGAAGAAACCGAGGCGUAUCAUAAAAAGCUGAACGAAGAUAGCCUUCUUCACGCUCCUGAGUUCACCAUUAAGCCUCGUUCGCAUACUGUGUGGGAGAAGGAGAAUGUAAAAUUGCACUGCUCGGUGUCAGGCUGGCCAGAACCUCGUCUCACGUGGUAUAAAAACCAGGUUCCCAUAAAUGUCCACGCAAAUCCUGGAAAGUAUAUUAUUGAAAGUCGAUAUGGGAUGCACACUCUGGAGAUUAAUGCAUGUGAUUUUGAAGACACAGCUCAGUACCGGGCCUCGGCGAUGAACGUUAAAGGAGAGCUUUCAGCGUAUGCGUCCGUCGUGGUAAAGAGAUAUAAAGGAGAGUUUGAUGAGACUUGUUUCCAUGCCGGAGUUUCCACCCUGCCCCUCAGCUUUGCUGUUACCCCUUAUGGUUAUGCAUCCAAGUUUGACAUCCACUUUGAUGACAAGUUUGAUGUGUCUUUUGGGAGAGAGGGCGAGACGAUGAGUCUAGGCUGCCGUGUCAUUAUCACUCCCGAAAUUAAACAUUUCCAGCCAGAGAUCCAGUGGUACAGAAAUGGAGUACCUGUUUCUCCAUCAAAAUGGGUGCAAACACAUUGGAGUGGAGAACGGGCAACGUUGACAUUUUCUCAUCUCAACAAAGAAGAUGAAGGCCUCUAUACAAUUCAUGUGCGAAUGGGAGAAUAUUAUGAACAAUACAGCGCUUACGUAUUUGUUCGAGAUGCUAAUGCAGAGAUUGCAGGUGCUCCAGCUACUCCCUUGGAUGUGAUGUGCUUAGAUGCCAACAAAGAUUAUAUCAUCAUUUCUUGGAAACAGCCAGCUGUGGAUGGAGGCAGUCCUAUUCUGGGAUAUUUUAUUGAUAAAUGUGAGGUGGGCACAGAUACCUGGUCUCAAUGCAAUGACAUACCUGUGAAGUUUGCCCGUUUUCCGGUCACUGGAUUGAUAGAAGGGCGUUCCUAUAUAUUCCGAGUUCGAGCCGUGAAUAAAAAUGGGAUUGGUCUACCGUCUCGAGUGUCUGAGCCUGUCGCCGCUCUGGAUCCAGCUGAAAAAGCUAGACUCAAAAGUCGCCCCUCAGCACCCUGGACUGGACAGAUCAUUGUCACUGAAGAGGAACCUACAGAGGGUAUUGUUCCUGGGCCCCCCACAGACCUCACUGUGAUUGAGGCCACACGGAGCUAUGUGGUGCUAAGCUGGAAGCCCCCUGGCCAACGUGGCCAUGAGGGCAUUAUGUACUUCGUGGAAAAGUGUGAGGCUGGGACUCAAAACUGGCAGCGGGUGAACACAGAGCUCCCAGUGAAGUCCCCCCGCUUUGCUCUGUUUGACUUAGCUGAAGGAAAAUCCUACUCUUUCCGUGUCCGCUGUGCCAAUUCAGCUGGAGUUGGGGAGCCCUCAGAGGCGACAGAGGUGACCGUGGUAGGGGACAAGCUUGAUAUCCCUAAGCCCCCCGGAAAAAUCAUACCAAGCAGAAACACAGACACCUCAGUGGUGGUUACUUGGGAGGAAUCCAAAGAUGCAAAAGAGCUGGUGGGGUACUACAUAGAGUCAAGUGUUGUUGGCUCUGGCACGUGGGAGCCCUGCAACAACAACCCCGUGAAAGGCCCACGAUUUACUUGUCACGGAUUGGUGACUGGUCAGAGUUACAUUUUCCGAGUCAGAGCAGUUAACGCAGCUGGACUUAGUGACUAUUCACAGGACUCAGAAGCUAUUCAAGUAAAAGCUGCUAUUGGGGGAGGAGUGUCUCGAGAUGUGUGGCCUGACCUGAGUGACACACCUGGUGGACUAACAGACUUCCAGGGAGGCAUGCAUGAAGCCUCCCGGCCAACCGCUAAGAAAGAUGCUUUGCUUGGUAGCAAACCUAACAAACCUGCACUGCCCAGUAGCUCUCACAAACUGGGCAGAACAGCAGUGAGUAAAGUAAGUGAAACAGUUCAGGAAGAGCUUACCCCACCACCAGAGAAAGCAGCUCCUAAGGGGAAAAGUAAGUCUGACCCUCUGAAAAAGAAGAAGGAUCUAGCGACACCAUCUCCACCCUAUGAUAUCACUUGUCUCGAAAGUUUUCGUGACUCAAUGGUUCUUGGAUGGAAGCAACCAGAAAAGACUGGAGGGGCUGAAAUCUCUGGCUAUUAUGUGAACUAUCGCGAAGUAAUUGACGGGGUACCAGGAAAAUGGAAAGAAGCCAACAUUAAGGCCGUCAGUGAUCAGGCGUACAAGAUUAGCAACCUGAAGGAAAAUAUGGUGUAUCAGUUCCAAGUGGCGGCCAUGAACAUCACUGGAUUAGGAGAAUUCUCAGCAGCAAGCACAUCCUUCAAAUGUGAGGAGUGGACCAUUGCUGUUCCAGGACCUCCACACGAUCUCAAGUACAGUGAAGUCAGGAAAACCUCCCUGGUUCUCCACUGGAAGCCGCCAGUCUACUCUGGACGGACCCCGGUGACUGGUUACUUUGUGGACUUGAAGGAGGCCAAUGCCAGAGAUGACAAGUGGCGAGGACUCAACAAGGCGGCUAUUAAGAACAACUACCUGAGGGUGCAAGGCCUCCAGGAGGGUGUCAGCUACGUCUUCCGUGUCCGAGCCAUGAACCAGGCGGGUGUCGGGAAGCCGUCUGACCUUGCCGGUCCUGUGGUGGCAGAAACACGUCCAGGAACCAGAGAGGUUGUUGUGAAUGUGGAUGAUGAUGGAGUCAUUUCUUUGAACUUCGAAUGUGAUCAGAUGUCUCCAAAUUCCAAAUUCACCUGGUCUAAGGAUUACGUAUCCACUGAGGAUUCUCCACGGUUAGAAGUUGAAAGCAAAGGCAACAAGACGAAAAUGACCUUUAAAGACCUUGGGACGGAUGACUUGGGAAUUUACUCCUGUGAUGUAACAGACACUGAUGGAAUUGCUUCAAGCUACUUAAUAGACGAAGAAGAGUUGAAACGUUUACUUGCUCUCAGCCAGGAACACAAAUUCCCAAUUGUCCCAGUUAAAUCAGAGUUGCAAGUUGAAAUUUUGGAGAAGGGGCAGGUCCGGUUUUGGAUGCAGGCUGAGAAGCUGUCUGGCAACGCCAAAGUCAGCUACAUAUUUAAUGACAAGGAAAUUUUUGAGGGGCCGAAAUAUAAGAUGCAUAUUGACCGAAACACUGGUAUAAUUGAAAUGUUCAUGGAGAAGCUGCAGGAAGAGGAUGAGGGGACGUAUACUUUCCAGCUCCAGGACGGAAAAGCAACUGGCCAUUCUACUCUUGUUCUUAUUGGAGAUGUUUAUAAAAAGCUCCAGAAAGAAGCUGAAUUCCAGCGGCAAGAAUGGAUCAGGAAACAAGGUCCACACUUUGCUGAGUAUUUGAGCUGGGAAGUGACAAGUGAUUGUAACGUACUAUUGAAAUGCAAGGUGGCAAAUAUUAAGAAGGAAACUCAUAUUGUGUGGUACAAAGAUGAGAGAGAGAUAUCAGUGGAUGAAAAACAUGAUUUUAAGGAUGGCAUAUGCACCCUGCUUAUAACAGAGUUUUCGAAGAAAGAUGCUGGGAUUUAUGAGGUGAUCCUGAAAGACGACCGAGGGAAAGAUAAGAGCAGAUUGAAGCUUGUGGAUGAAGCCUUUAAAGAGCUGAUGACUGAAGUAUGCAAAAGAAUCGCUUUGUCUGCUACGGACCUGAAGAUCCAGAGCACCGCUGAGGGAAUCCGCCUAUACUCCAUCGUUCCUUACUACCUGGAUGAUUUGAAAGUCAACUGGUCCCACAAUGGAACCGCUAUUAGGUACUCAGAUAGAGUUAAGAGUGGGGUCACCGGAGAGCAGAUCUGGUUACAAAUCAAUGAGCCUACGCCCAACGACAAAGGGAAAUAUGUCAUGGAGCUCUUUGAUGGCAAAACUGGACACCAGAAGACAGUGGAUCUUUCUGGACAAGCAUAUGAGGAUGCCUAUGCUGAAUUCCAGAGGCUAAAACAAGCUGCCAUUGCAGAGAAAAAUCGUGCCCGAGUGGUGGGCGGCCUCCCAGACGUGGUCACCAUCCAGGAGGGUAAGGCCCUUAAUCUCACUUGCAACGUGUGGGGCGAUCCACCUCCAGAGGUCUCCUGGAUGAAGAAUGAGAAGCCUCUGGCCUCAAAUGAUCACUGCAACCUCAAGUUUGAGGCAGGAAAGACGGCCUUCUUCACCAUCACCGGAGUGGGCACCGCUGACUCAGGCAAGUACGCCCUGGUGGUGAAGAACAAGUACGGCACAGAGACCAGCGACUUCACCGUCAGCGUGUUCAUCCCCGAGGACGAGGCCAGGGUCUUGCAGCCCCAGACGGGAAACAAGAAGUCCAAGUGACUGUAGAUAGGGGCAGGGAGCACCAGGAAAGCAGACGACUUGUGCUGCCUGUGUGAGGGGCUUAGGUUAAAUCUAAGGCGGUCUUCAUGCUUUCUACUCCCUGCUUUUGUGCUGGUGUGAGGGGGAAAUUGUUGAAUCUUUUAUUCUUAUGUAUUAAAAAAUAGCACCAACUAGUGACAUUUUAAUAGUUUUUCUUUAUCUACAAAUUGUGUCAAGAGAAUACCAUUGGUAGCAAAAAUAUUAGGAAAUGGUUUUAAGGAAAAGACCAGAAUAAAGUUGGAGGGAUGCUGAAUGAUGGCCAGAGAGCAGGAGAAUAUGUUGGGACACAGAGAUGGAUUUGGCUGAGUGUUCACCAGUAAAUUCUCAUGGAUUGCAAUUAUACUUCAACAUCCUGUCAAAGUGGAGACAAGUGGUUAAGCCAGCCAGUGUAUUUUGUGUGUUAUAGUAUUGCUGUGUGUUUCCCUUGGCAGUAUUGUAAUUGGAAACCUCUUUGGUAUUAAUAAAGAGUUCACACACCUUUCCUCCUCA